UGACAUUACGAAUGUCAAUUUUGACUUUGACAUUACUAAUGUCACUUUGACAUUUAUUCUGAAUCUGUUAUGUUGACUAAUAAUUAUUUAAGGUUGUAAAUUUAUAAAAAUAUUUAUAAUUAAGGGUUAUAGUUUACAGUAACUUCUACAAAAACUAUUUUGCUAAUAAAAAUGGAGGAAAUUAACCUGGAUUUGUUGGAGAAACGUAUAGAAGCUUUGGAAUUAAAGGUGUUUCCUUCAGGAGAUCCCAGUACCAUUGCCGACAAAAAUCAAACAAUAACAAAUAUCCUUACACAAGUUCAGACAUUCGUUACCACAGCUCUCACUUGUAGAGAAACAAUAACGUCCAUGUUGCAGUUUUAUGGAACUUUAAACGACUAUCUCGACCCAGCUGGUGGAGCAGAUGAACUCGAGGUUGAGGCAAAAAGACAUUAUAUAUUGCAGUUACACCCUGAGAUCAAAGACACCCUACAGACACAUACUCGAAUUUUGCAGACUUUACUCCCCUUUGUGGAAUCAGAAAAUAUUUCUAAAGUGGUUGAAAUGACAGCUCAAUUGGAAGAGGCAUCUGUUAGUCAUCUCAGUUUGUAUGGAGAGUGGAGAGAUACAAUGUACAAAAUGGUGGUAGCUCUACAAGAUUUUACUGAUAUAAUGAGUUCGAUUAAGGUAUUGUUCUCUCAAUUAGAUAAUACCUUGACGAAUCUGGAAUACUCACUUCAACCUAAAUUUGUUACUGAGGAAUGAUGUUAUAUUCACUGCUUAUUUAUAUAUAUUUCAUUAACUAUUAAAUUUUUUUCUAUAUAA